UGGCCACUCGCAAAUAGUACAUUUUUUAUUUUAAUUGAAAACAACAAAGAAAUCCGUAAAUAUAAAAAUUAGGUACUUUAAUAAUACGUAACAAAUUUACAUGAAAUGUCCAGGCGCCUUCUUCAAUUUUAAUAACUGAAAUAAGAAAUUUUUGAAAAAUAUUGGAUUUUUAUUUAAAUUCUACACAAGCGUCCCAAAUACGCUAUCUCAAAUGAUUCGCAAGGAACCGCAUAAACCAAAUCUUUCAUAAACUCCAAAAAAAAGAAAUCCAGAUGACUAAAGUCCGGUGAACAUGCUGGUCAUUGGUGCCCUACAUUUUUUUUUAUCUAUUAAGAGGGCGUCUACGUGAAUAAACAAAUUUUUUGUUAAAUUACUAGUACAGUAUCUAAUCUGUAUACUUACAAUUUUUUAUUACUGUCAAUUAAAAGGAAAAAUAUGUAAUUUACUUGUUUUUCUUUUAAUUUACAUACAUUAAAUGUACAAUAUUUACUACAAUGCGCAUCAAAACUACACAACAUAGUUAUAAAUAAAAACAUUAUGUUUUAAAUAAAGUCAGACGCACUGUAUUUUAGCUGCGUUACGAAAGUCCCCAUAUUUCCAAGCAAAUUACGUUUUGGGAAUCGAACCAAAAAAAAAAAAAACUCCGAAAACUCGGGGUUCCGAAAAAAAGCUCUCUACGCCUAUGGAAUUUUAAUGGUGUUCGAAACGUUUUAAUUGCGAAAAAGAUCGCGAUACGCAUUCUUAAGGCUACUAUUUCGACGUUCCGACGGAAUGGUAAAUUUUAAAAGCAACUUUCAACGGUAAAAUCGCACGAAUCUGAUGCGAAAUCGACGACCCUCACAAACGUAUUACACCGCGAAUUAAAAGCCGCAUCAGCCAUAUGCGAUUGUACAUUGAAAUCAAAAUGGUAGAUCGAAUUAAAACGGGACAACAAUGUCAACGCUCGUUGUCAUUAAACGCCGGCGAGCUUAUGGCCCCGCAGGUAGAAAUUUAAACGGACCGCCAAAUCGACAGCUGUACACGUUGGUGUCGUUCGGUCGGGAGCCUCCAACUGAAGGGGGCCACGCGCAAGUCUAAAUAACCGCCCUUCGUCCGGCCUCAGUCCCAUUUACGCCAUCGAGACGGCGCCCCACACACAAACACACGCUUCUAGCACACGUUGCCGGGGAGCGGAUAACUUGUACGUGAUCAGACGCGCCUAUUUAGUGAUCCGUUUGGGAAUAAAUAAUAUAAAAAUAUGGAAGCAGCAAACGACGGAGGAUCGGUUAUUAACGACGCCUGGAGGAGUUACGCAACCACGUGCCGACUGUGCCUGCAGAAAGAUGGCUUCAUGCUCGGCAUUUUCAACAAUAUCCAGGGAAAGGACAAGAGCAUUUCGAAGAAAAUUAUAGACUGCACGGCUUUGUCGGUCCAUCAGGGCGACGGGCUUCCUAACGUUAUAUGCCACAGAUGCCUGUUCAAAAUCGAGUUUUGCUUGGAGUUUCGUCAGCUGUGUUUCAUAUCGGACGCCACGUUGCGUCAGCUCAACGGUAUCGACAAAGACAACGGAUCUGAGACGCCGCCGCAGCCACAUUUGCCGCUUUACGAACAUCUCUCUAACGGAGCUGACGACAAUGUUAUUAUGGUGGUGGAUCCCAAUACUUUGGAUUACGAAUCGGAUUAUGAAUCGGAUAACGACAGGCAAAGUGAUAACGAAACGAACGAACUCGAUGGCAAGAACGUGUGCAUGUGCAAGUUUUGCGAUCACGCCUUUACGGAUAAGCUGGAGUGCAUGGAGCACGAGAGCAACGCCCACAAUUCGGACCAACCGUACAAUUGCUCAAGCUGCAGCAUGGAUUUCGCUGACCGUUUGCUGUAUUCUGCCCACAUGAAGAGCGUCCACAAGAACGACAAGCCUUAUAAUUGCCCUCAGUGCGACAGGACAUUCGCCAGGAGGUCGGAUUUGAGAAAACAUACCAUCGUACAUACCGGUGUCAAACCUUACACGUGUUCAGUAUGUUUCAAAUCGUUUUCGCGAAACACGAAUCUGUCCAAGCACAUGCGGAUUCAUUCAGGAACCAAACCAUUCGUCUGUCAAAAAUGUCCGAGGACUUUUACGUCAAAGGGUGACCUCAAUCGGCACGCUAUGAUCCACACAGGGCAGAAACCUUUUAGGUGCAACUACUGCCACCUGUCGUUCGGUCGCAAAGACAAACUGCUGCGUCACGAGAAACGCCACUGGCCGCAGCAGAACGCGGAGGACAAGUCGCGCGAACUCCAGAUGAUGCGCGAAAACCUCGACCUCGGAGAGUAUAACUACGCCGCUACGCCGGCCAACAACGGCGACGACGACCGCAAAACCGAGGAGAACAUGGUGAUCGAUCUGGACCCGUUCCACCACAACGACUACGGCGCCGAGCACCGGUCCAUCGAGCACGAGCCCAAGCACAUCAUCGACGACUACGUCAAGGACGAGCUGUCCGUCGAGGAGUCGAGUUUCGAGGAGGGCGAGAGACGUCACGUAACCGGCGAGGAGAACCCCGAAGAUGGCGCGCACGUCAACCGGGACCCCAGGCCGUACAAAUGCGCGCAGUGCCCGAAAAAGUUUUCUACGCCGGACAACCUGAAGUACCACCAGGCGAGGCACACCGGCGUCCGUCCUUUCGGCUGUCACAUAUGCAACAAGUCGUUCAUACGGAAACGCGAGUUGGACAGACACGUCGCGACCCAUACCGGCGUGAAGCCUUUCAAGUGUCCGAAGUGUCACAAGAGUUUCGGACGUAAGGACAAGCUGGUGAGACACGCGAGAAUACACGACAGACGUGGCGACAGCUUCACCGCGAGGAAGACGUUCGCGUCAAAGUAGCGCGAUGGUGAAAAACGAAUUUCUUGUAUUUCGGGGUCAAAUUUUUAACCAAAGAAUGAUGGAAUCCCUGGCGCCCCUAGCGGCCGGGAAAAUAAGUUUUUUAGGGUACGGGGGGUGGGGGGGCGAUAGGACCAGCGACCACUUUUUGUUUUUCUUAAAUUCCGGUCCGGAUUGUAAUAAUAUUCGCUUAGUUGUUAACGUAGAGGGUUUUUUAAUAGUUUGUUAUCCACACCGGUUUAUCUGUAGUAUUUAUCGUUUUGUAACGUUGCCUUAUAUGAUUAAGUUUCGUAUGGAUUUAAUAGUAUUUAUUGAGUAUGACGCGGAGUCCUUUAA